AUGUAUGUCCCGCAAUUGGAUGGUCGCAUGGACAAUUUCCGCCGUUCUGUUAGGGAGGUGGUUUACAUUGUUAAAGUAGUAGGCUUGACUAUCCAGAAGCGGCUGGAUUGAUUCAUGGAUACUAAGAGCCGAGACUUGACCGUAGAAGAAUCUGGAAAUAUAUGGGCGAAGCAAGUGUAUGACCCACCCAGCUAUGGACCGAAAGCGUAAAGAGGCGCAAGAGGGUCGGGGAUGUUAAUGAUGAUGGAGAAGUCAUCGAGGAUCCCCAGGAUAUCACUAUUGUCACUGCUCCCGUAGAUCUAGGUGCCCCUCUCAGCACCCCCUGGGACUCCUCCUAGUGCUCCUCCCAGCGGCCCAACACUACUUACGCUCCUCUAUAAACCCCUCAGACUGGAAACAGACGGCUUCGUAAUCCCAGAACUCCCCAUACUCUCACCACUCCCGAUCUCCUCACUCCCCGGAACACCAAUUGACAUCACGGACUCCCUCAUACCACAAUCCGUCGAAAAGGCCAAAGAUGACCAACACUCCGCCAUCGCGGAGGAAGUAACCGAAUCCGAGAUCCCUAUCUACUAG